CCUCAGUCGCUCGGCGGGGCAGGAGGUGCGGGGGCCCCGGGUCGGCCUGCCCUGGCAAGGCGGGCCAGAAGAGCCUUUCGCCCCGCUUCCCGCAGGCGGGAGGGGGAGAGCCCCCUCGGUGCCUGCCCGCCUCGGGGCUGCGCGGGGGAAGCGGGGCCCUGGAGACCCUGCGCGCUCCCUCCGUGGCCUCCGCAGCCGCCGGCUCCCUCAGCUUCGCAGCCCUGAGGCAGGGAGCUCGCUGCCGACCGCCGGUGUGCGCGGAGCCGCUUGGGGUGGCCUCUCGUUGCUAAAAUCGUCUGAGAAACAGCUUUUCCGUGUGAAGAGAGCUGUUUCUGAAGCCUUGGGAACGCAGCAGCGGUCAUCCUACACGCGGUCGUGCUGAUGUUCUAAAAUCUCCGGAAUUAGCUUUGCCUGAGGAGCCGAAAAGGAGAAUCCUCCUCCAGACUGCCUUUCCGAGUGGGAGAGGAGUAAAGCUGAUCUGUGACAAUGAUAGAUCCUUUAGAGAACAACUUGUUUGAUCUUCCUGAUUACGAGAAUACAGAAGAUGAAACGUUCCCACCUCUUCCACCUCCUGCCUCUCCAGGAAGAGAUGAUGUUGAGUGGGCUCAAGCUAAUGGAGAACCAGAUGGAAACCAGCAGUCACAAACAAAGGAUUCUGUUGUAGCUCCACAGAGAGCAGUUAAAAGACCAAGGCCUAAACUGGAUGCCCAGAGGCUAAUUUCUGAAAGAGGACUUCCAGCCCUAAGACACAUGUUUGACAGUGUAAAGUUCAAGGGUAAGGGGCAUGAGGCAGAGGACCUGAAGAUACUCAUACAACAUAUGGAACACUGGGCUCAUAGACUAUUUCCAAAAUUGCAAUUUGAGGAUUUUAUUGACAGAGUAGAGGCUUUGGGAAACAAAAAGGAAGUUCAGACCUGCCUAAAGCGGAUUAGACUUGACCUUCCUGUUUUACAUGAAGACUUUGGGAGUAAUGAAGAUGGUGGAGGGGAAAGCAACGGCCUGGACACAGCCUCUGAAGAUGUGCAUUCCUGCCCUGGAAGUGCAGAGGAGCUCAGUUCUCUCCCUGGUACAACCCUCACAGAGGAGCAACACCAGCGCAUCCAGAAGAACAGGCAGCUGGCCUUGGAACGCAGGCAAGCAAAGCUGCAGUGGAACAGCCAGGCACAGCACAAUGCAGAGCUCUCCACUCAGUACUUGGAAGAGGAGUUUAACACCCCAGCUGCUGAAGACUCCACUGAUCUGAUUGAAGACACUCAAGUUACUGCAACCAAGGUUCCUGUUGCAGAACCUGAAGAUACAGAAUGGGAAUGUGCCAGUGAACAGCAAAGCUUCAUGGAAGUCUUCACCAUCAUCUCUGUAUCCUUGGACAGAACUCUUGAAACUGCAGAUAAGCAGCUCCAUACACCAGGAAACAGAGUAAAGGUCUUUAUCUGCAUUUUACAAGACAUCUUUACCCCCUCCCUGUGACAUUCUUUAAGAAAUGUGAGUUCUUUGAUGCAUUUUGAAUUUUGUAUACAAUUGAGUCAAACUGAGUUAACAGGGAUGUUGACAGGUGAAGUUUAUAUUUAAGUUGUUUGGUUUUCUGUUUUGUUUUUGUGUCUUACUAGAGGGCGUGUAUGACAGCAGGUACUGUUCUGUCUGAAUGGGUGUCCUGGAUUUUAACUUGCUUAUCAAGUACCUCUAUCUUGUUCUUAUAAAAUGGAAGCUAUUACAUUCCAGAAGUCAAACUUGAAUUUCGUGUAUGAAGGUGUUACACUUAGAGGCCUCCAAACUUCCACCUUCCUUAGACUAGUCAGACAUGUCUUCACAGACAAAUACAGCCCUUAGGGGAACAUGUGUUGGCUUUGACCAGAUUAGUUACCUUCCUUUGGCUGAUUCUGCUCUGUCUUGAGACUGUUUCAUCCUAUUCUUACAGUCUUGAUUCUCCUUCUUGCACAAAAGCUCUUCCCUUUGGUGGCAUGAACAAGAACCACCAUGUUGGUGAAACCCUGAGCUGCCCUCUCCAAUAGCACAAGGUAGAUUGUUGUUCAUAACAGAAACUGAAUUAAGGGAAGAGCAGCACUUGGAGCAGAUGAAGUCAGUUCAUGUCAGUAGGUGUUACUUUAUGCCACAUGUGCAGCUGGAGGAUUGCAAUGAACAAAGGCUGUAUUCCAAGUUAGUGUGAAGAGUUAGCUUUUUGUUUUUUUGUAGUGAUGAGUUCCAUGCACUGAACUGUAGUGGAAGACAGCCAACAGGUGUAGGAAAUACUUGGGUUUUAAGAACUUAAUUUAUAGCAACAUGGGAAAGUAACUUUUGAAAUUAUAGUUAAAAGAAUGAACCAUACUCUCUUCAGUCUGGAAGAUGAUAUUUAUCAUGUAUAAAAUAUUUUUAAAACUCAUACACAUUCAUAAUGAGAAAAAUAAUUCUUAUUCAAAAUAGACAUUUAGUUUCUUAUUAAAAGGAUUCUUGAAUAUUUAAAUAGACUGUUUAAAAAAAAAAAAAAUAACAAAAUCAAUGAUACAAAGUGAAUAGAAGCAGAACAUCAAGCAGCUGUUCCUCAGUUAUAGCUCAAGUUCUAAUCUCAGCUGAAACAUCUAAUAGAGCCAAAUCCCUGAUCUCCUCCAGCAGCUGGUACAAGCUGGCUCCCUUGGUCUGGCAGUACUUCUGAUAGUCUUCAUCCAUGACUUCAACUCUUGCUUUUUCUUGGGCACGCUGGGCUGCUUCUGCAGACUGACUGACUUCUUUUACUAAGUCAGAUUUCACCACAUGGAAAUUCUUCUGGGAAGCCUCUGUGUCUGGAGUCUGGUACGGUGCGUUCCUGAUUAUUUCAAGCUUGAUGGUGUCAGCGUGGCAGCGGGAAGCCUGCACAAGUAUUUUCACCUUAAAAUCAAGACACAAAUUAUUUUCUUUCUGAUGGUGCUAUUUCCUUUUACUUCCUUCAGAUUAAAUACUCACUGUAACAUGA